GAGGGCGUCACAGCGGCGGGGCGUGGGGUCCGGGUGCCGGGCUAGGGGCGGAGCUGGGAGAUGGCGUCCGGAGGGGUUCGCUGGCUGGCAUUGGCAUCCUUGCGAUCCGGAGCUUUCCGGAGCGGGCCGAGCUUGAAAGAUGGUGGUGAUGUCUCCGCCGGAGGAGGUGGCGCAGGUCGGAGCCUGGUACCGUCGAGGUCAGUCAUCGUUACUCGCAGCGGCGCCAUUUUGCCCAAACCGGUGAAAAUGUCCUUCGGCCUUCUCCGUGUGUUCUCCAUCGUGAUCCCCUUUCUCUACGUGGGGACGCUCAUUAGCAAGAACUUUGCUGCUCUACUUGAGGAGCACGACAUUUUUGUCCCAGAGGAUGAUGACGACGAUGACUAACAGGACAUGGAGGAAGUACAGAAAGGAGACAGCCCUAACUUAAUUAUGAUGUGGUGAUGCUCACAGCCUCUCCUCCUGCCCUGUCGGAAGGGCGCAGGGAAAGCCCUCAGCCUCCCAGCUCCAGUGAAGCCUCCUGCAUCGUCUGUGACCGCAGCCCAGAUCCCCAGGCCCUGGGACGUUCCCACACAUGUGCUGUCCGCUGAGCACAAUCAGCUUAUGAAUAAACACGCUAAACAUCA